CUUAUUUCUUAUAACCUCCACCUUCACUUUCACUCCCAUCUUCACAUAUUCCUCUCCUCACUCGCUCUCAUGCUUGUCUCUUGAUUUUUGCGUUCGAUUUCCAUCAGCGUUCUGUGCCAUCUUGUCUAUAUAUACAUAUAUAUCUAGCAUCAUCCACGCCGGCUCCACAGCAUUUGAUAGCACCUCUUGACUGCCUCAUUAUCCCGUAAAACUUUAUUUGCAACCUCCCUAUAUACAUGCUUCGAAUGCAUUGACAUCGACGCCAAACGUCCCAACGCCACCGCACCACCAUCAGAUGGAAGGACCUCACCCCGCCCCGCCGUCCAAUGGCAACUACACUGGCACCAACAGGUCCCCGAAUGCACCCCAACGACCUCUAGGAGAAGGCUACCCGCAAAAGCGCACGUCUUACCGCCGGCCCAUUGAUGCUCAAUCGGCGUCGGCGCCGGCGCCAGUCCAGUAUCCCGCUGUGCCCAAUGCUGUGUCCAGCAACUCUGCGCGCCCCAUCUCCGCCGUUGGACCCACUGGCUCGAGCGGAAUAGCUAAGACAUCUUCUCACCGGCGACGGCAAAGUCAAUUUGCGCAGCCCCAAGCUACACAAAUACCUCCGGCCCCAGAUGUGCCACGCGGGCCCCCUCCCAGCUCGUACCGGGACCCCUAUGCGCAUCGAGGGAGUUCCAGGUCGCACACAUCGUCCCGCUCCUACCCCAGAUCCCGUGACCACGUCGUCCAGGCCAAUGUCAACAGGUUGCAGCCAAACAUCCAGAUCGCCCCAGACAGAUUGCGCUCGCCCGCAGAGCCGCCAGCUGGCGCUACCCCGACUCAGCAGCGCCGCCCCUCGGUUCCCGAUCGAUCACCACUCCAAAAGCUCGAGGGAAAACUAGACGACAUUAGCAAAGAGGAGCGGAGGACGCGGAUGCAGGAGCUCGAGUUGGAGGCCCAGGAGCGAGCAGAGGCGGAGGCGAGAGCCCGUCGCGCUCUUCAAGCAGCAGUGAAUUCGAAGCAGCAGCGCAACGUGUCGGGGCCCCUGACCAGUGCCGGUAUAUCAAGCACGGUUCCCGGUCGGAGCUUGAAUGCCAGACGCCACGUCUCGAUGCCUGCACCGCCGAGGUCAAGGGCAAAAGAAGAUGAUGACUUGGAUGGCUCAGAAGACGGAAUAGUUUACGACCUGAGCGAGCCGUGGGAUCCAUCGGGCGGUGGCCCCGGAGUUUCACAAGCGCAAGCGUCGCGCCAGAGCAACCAGGCGGCUCAUGUGAACCGAACCAGUGCGCCCGCGCAACCCAUCAAGAGUGGAGAGCCGGCCGGGCUCAGUCGUGGAUUGGGCAGCUUCCGCGACCGGAGUGGCGGCGCUCAGUGGACGGACAGGGCCGUAGAUACGGAUCAACGCAUCCAGAGGAACGCAAUUGCUGAUACCAAAGGACUUGGGCUCUACGGUGUAGACGACGCGCCGCAUGCAGCGCGACCACUAGGCGCCAAUAUUGGUCGCUACGACAGCAGGAGGUUGUCCAAGGAUCUCCCUCCCGUUCCUGCAGGCACUGUGCAAAGCAGCGACCGGCGAAGAGAUAGUAGAGGCAUCAUAGCGGCGCAAAUGGAGAUGAAGCAGGAACAGAUCGACCAGAAGAAUGGGACAAGGGGACCAAGCAGCGCCCCGCAGCCUCACGAUCCCCCGACUUCAACCGCAGCGGAAGCAGGGCCUUCGGCAACGCAGAGCGGACCCGAAGCCUCGCGAUCGUCGCAUCAUCACCAUCAUCUCUCCGAUAUGGUGGGCCACCACGAACCGGAGAGGAGAUAUGUACCGCCUCCGAUGCUUCAGGAGUGGAAGGACGCCCCCGUUGCUGCCCUCCUUGCCGAAGACCUCGAUUUGGAUGUCCCCGAACGUUCUGAAAGCAUCAAGAAGGCCUGGUGGGAAGAGAGUAGCGCAUCGCGACGGCGACGAUCAGGCAGCCACGGGGUAACCGCCUUGGACGAAGGGCACGUCGACGCUGCUACGGGCCAGACCAGCUUUAGCCCGCCGCUCUAUCUUAAAUGUGGCCCCCUGUUGCGGUACACGGGCAUUCGUAGGGACAAGACCAAGUCGGGAGUGGAACGAUUUAUAUGGCGCGGAAGCGUCAUGAUAGUCACCAUCGACCAGCACUCGUCCUACAACAAAGUGCCCACUCUGCGCAUAUUCAAACAGCCCAUGGACCUGCUGCCGCCCCCACCGACCGAGAUUGAUGCCGAAGGACAACCACUGCAUCCGGCCUACGUGGAUCCCUUGGAAGGACAAACCAAGAUGUCCAGGACUGGGAAGACUCUCUAUGUGAAGCCCAUCGACGAGAUACCUGAGAAUAGUGAUCCCUCGAGAGUUGAGGACGAUCGGGGCCUAUUUCAGGAGAAGCCCAUCACAUCGGCCCUCGACCGUGAUCAAUCCCGGCAAUCUCGUCUGCAAAAGAAGUCUGGUGAGAAGGUGGGCAAGGUGCGGGAGAUUGCAGGUGUACGGCUCCACGCGGAGCGAGGCGUGACGUUUUGGCGCUUCAAUAUCGAGGUUGAACUUGGAUCUAGCCAGACACGCAUCGCCUACCGCAUCAACCGUGGCCCCGCCGUGGGAUUCUGGGUGCCAGGCAAGGGCGAGAACAUGAACAUCAUGUUUUACAGCUGCAACGGCUUUUCCUAUGGCGUGGACUCGAAGGACUUUUGCGGCCCUGACCCGAUGUUUAGGGAUGUACUCAACAAUCACCAGACACGGCCGUUCCAUGUCAUGAUUGGGGGCGGUGAUCAAAUUUACAACGACGCCGCAAUGAGGGAGACGACGCUCUUCAAGGAUUGGAUCGAGAGCCGGAACCCAUUGCAGAAGCACAAGGCCAGCUUCUCGGAGGAAAUGCAAAACGAGUUGGAGCAAUUUUAUCUGGACCGGUAUUCCAUGUGGUUCUCGCAGGGUUUGUUCGGCAUGGCGAACGCGCAGAUUCCUAUGGUCAAUAUCUGGGACGACCACGAUAUCAUCGACGGAUUCGGUUCAUAUCCGCACCACUUCAUGUCGACGCCCGUCUUCACGGGGCUGGGUGCUGUGGCCUUCAAGUACUAUAUGCUCUUCCAGCACCAGUCGGUGGUUUCCGAGACGGAGAAGACGGAACCGUCGUGGGUUCUGGGCGCGCAUCCAGGACCUUACAUCAAGGAGCAAUCUCGCAGCGUCUUCAUGUCACUGGGCAAGACGGUCGCGCUCCUCGGUCUCGACUGUCGCACCGAGCGUCGCCGCGACGAAAUUUUGACAGAAGACUCGUACGACAUCAUCUUUGAUCGAUUGGAGGACGAGCUGGUCAAGGGCGAGACGAAGCACCUGAUAGUGCUGCUGGGCGUGCCCAUUGCCUAUCCGAGGCUGAAUUUCUUAGAGAACGUGCUGACCAGUCGACUGAUGGAUCCCAUCAAGGCGUUGGGCAGGAUGCGGCUCUUGGGAAACUUUGUCAACAAGUUUGACGGCGGCGUGGAGAUUCUCGACGACCUCGACGACCACUGGACGGCGAAGCAUCACAAGGAGGAGCGCAACUGGUUCAUUCAGGAAUUGCAGCACAUCGCCCGGACCAAAUCCGUCCGGGUCACCAUCCUGGGCGGCGACGUGCACCUCGCGGCCGUCGGUCAGUUCUACUCGAACAAGAAACUGGGGAUCCCUAAGGAUAAAGACCAUCGAUACAUGCCGAAUGUCAUCAGCUCGGCCGUUGUCAACACGCCGCCCCCGGACAUCAUGGCCGACAUACUCAACAAGCGGAACAAGGUCCACCAUUUGGAUGCAUCCACGGACGAGGACAUGAUUCCGCUCUUCACUCACGAUGUGGAUGAUAAGAAACGGAACAAUGUCCACCUCAUGCCGCGCAGGAACUGGUGCAAUAUCCGCGAGUACAGCCCUGGAUCGACCCCCCCAGCGACACCUGUACGCCCAAAGACGACCGGGAAUAGCCCGCGUCUGACUAGGACUCUUUCAGAUUAUGCGCCCGGCAAUUUGGCACGCAGGCUUAGCGGGCACGGGCAGCGUGGGCGCGACCGAGGGCCUCCAGUGUCCUACUACAACAAUCCAGCCUUCGCCAAUGCAGCGGAGGAGCAGGCGGGGGUGCAGUCCUCCUUCUCACCCGACAGUGGAGAGCAACGCCGGUCUCGCCGGAAUUCACUGAGUAGCUUGUUCCGGAGCCGUGCAUCGGUCGAUUCGAUUCAUCAUCCACCAGCUUCUGCGCACAGGCUGCCGGCGCCGAAUGACAGGGACGACGUAUCCAUCGGCCGACCGAGUCCCUUUCACCGACGCCCGUCGGUCCUGGGUCGCAGAGGCUUGAAGCGUGAGGGCGAGUAUAUUGACCUCCAGGGCGGUCUGGACAUCUUCAUCAACGUUGAGGUGUCACGGAAAGACCCAGCGGGCAUCACCGCGCCGUACAGAUUAUCGGUGCCGGUGCUACGGUAUGAGGAACCAGAAUCCGAGGCAGGCGGCGCGGUGGCAGAGAGCGAGCGGCGCAAGUCGCGCAUCGGGAGCUUCUUCGGGGUGCUUGGGACCCGGAGGCGCCGAACGGUGGGUGACAACGGCUACUCGCAUUCUGGCAGCUCCAUCGCCUCGCAGUCCGGCGGCGAGGAGGAAGAGGCGGACGAAGAGGAGCGCGCGAGGCAGAGGUACAAGGUGGGCCCGCGCAUCCUCAUUCCGGGCUUCUCGAAGAAGCGCGACUCGGCUGCCUUUGCCGAUGGGCCUACGCGUUCGCCGGCAGAGCGACGUAUGAGCAGCGGCGUCGCGCAGCAAUCCUCCACCACCACCCACGCAACCAGACGCGUCUCAGCACCCGUAGCUUCUUCGUACAACACGACUCCGGCGCUUGCUCCUCCUCCUCCUCCUCCACAGUCGCAGACGACGCCCACGCGUUCCGCAAGCACGCGCCAACCUACGCACAACUCGAGCCACAAGUCGCAGCUGCCCGCACCGGCACCGGAGCCCAAGACGUAUAGGCGGAGCAUGGGCGGCAUCCUCAACCAGCAGCAGCGCGAUCCGGCAUGGGAACGCCAACAAGUGCAUCAUGGGCACGGGUCGCAUGCGGCGGCGGCGGCGGCGCCUCAGCGAAAGCGGGAUUCAUGGCCGCCUCAUCCGGCCAUUGUGGGGCAGGGGCCUGGCAGUCCGUAUUCGCGCGGACAGCUGGAGCCGCGCGACGGGCACACGGGGGGUUACUUUGCGUCUGGUGGUGGUGCGAGGAACGGGAAUGCGGGCGUCGGUGCGAGGUAUUUGGGUGGCGGGCGGUAUGCGGACGGGAGUUCGGAUGAGGAGGAUGAGGAUGAGGAUGAGGAGGAUGAGGGCAGGUAUAGCGACGAGGUCGGGGAGCAGAGGGAGAGUCCGGAUAGCUUUCUGCCGCCCAAGACGAGGUCCAAGUGGAAGAUUUGGAAGGCUUGAUGGGGAGAUUAUCCACUUUUGUUUUGUUUUCGUUUUUGUUUGAUUUGGCCUUGAGUAGUUAGUGGUCUGCUUUGGUUGACUUUGGUAUGACGGUGCGACGACGGUAUGGGUAAUGAGUUGGAUGCGCGACUUGUGGUUUGGAAGCGAUGUCGUUUUGCCUUGAUUUGCGCAGCGUAUACCAUUUGGAGUUUGUUUUGUACCUUUCCCGGCAGUCAUUUGUACAUGUGCCUGCUUGAUCUUGUCAAUGUUUGCUAGUGUUGGACGGUAUAUAUGAAUGGUGGGUGGAUAGGAGUGAUAAUGAUAAUGAGGGAUGACUCUUUCUUUUGAAAUAGGUCUUUGUAUUCAAAUAUCCCGGGGAGGUAUCUAGUGGAC